UUCUAAUGCAGCUGCUGUACUGACCGAGCCGGGACCCGGACUCCUGUAUUACACAACUUUUUAAAUUCUCUUUAAACAUCUUAAACUGGUAAUUAACACAAUUUACGUAGUUCACAACAUAUAUUUAGCUGUUUUCUGAUAGUUUUAUAAUCUGAAAGUGAAUAUCACGGUAAUAACCAAACAGCCAUCUUAACGAUUAUCCAGAGAAAAAAGGUCGCGGCCUCUGUUAUGUAGCCUGCGAUAAAAUAACACAAACUGCGACCGUAGCUCGUGUCAGGUAUCAACAGUGUACCGUAUUAUGUGUUUUUAACAUUUUCAUUCGUUAGCCAACCUAACCCUUACAUCCACGUCGACGUAGGUUAAUGGUUUUUAAUUCCAUUGCUGUGGGGAAGCGCUCAUAGCUCGUUCCAGCUAGCUUUGAACAACGUAAUUUUUCUACAGUAAGUAUGUGGUUAUUUUAUUACCUGCCUUUUUAAAAGUUUUGGUCAUACAUGCUUCAAUGCAAGGUGAUGUUAUUAACAGAAAACUCGUUCUUCUUGACGAAGAUCGUGGCUGAAAGGAACUGAUUUUUAUAUCCAUCAUAAAUUUCAGACUGACGCCACAUUGAUAUUAGGAACCAGACAUUUUCGCAGAAGUGUUGCAAACAGUUCGUUAUAAUGAUCACCACAGAAUUUGUUCAGGCUGAUCAUCACACCGGGCUGAAGGCCUCUGUGUACAUACAGACCAGGCCCCCUGAAGCCUCAAAUUUAGUGGUUUUUUGUUCUCGAUUAUUAACAUGAAAUAUGUAUAAAUAUGGGUUGAUUUCCCUCAGCAGAGCUCCAGGAUCUGUUGUGCAUCAAACACCAGUAGAGUCAGAACUGGGAGGAUAUUUGUGUGUGUUGAAAUGUCUUCGCUGUGUUUGCUGUCUCGCUGUCUCAUUAACCUUCUUUCAGUUUGUGGGGAGUGUUUUUUUUUUAAUUGAUUUAUAGGUUUAAAACAACUCUGUUGGCACUCUUUGGGGAUCCCUGGAUAUGGAUAGUUUUUGAGAAAGCAGAAGAUUUUUGUUCUUCUUCAGCACUGUUAAACAGCUGAAAACCCCAUAGAAGCCUGAGUAUCCAGUCCAUCUUUUUCCACCACCAAGGGUGUAAAACACCACCGCCUUCAAGAAGAAGUUGAAGAUUUUUUCCAACCAUCAGCCCACCUUUUACCACUUUUUGCCUCAUCGGUUAAUUAAAAAAAAAAAAAAUUGUCUGGCUGUCUAUGUCCCCCUCUUUAUUUCAUUAGUCACCCCAGUGAAUGAUAGCAAAGAAAAAAAAUCCAAAGGACUCUGUUACAUCGUCUAUCAGUACUAUUUAGCAGUCUGACGGAGAUAAAGAUUUCUCUGAGAGUCAUAGGAAGAGAAGUUUCUCUGGGCGACCCAUCCCACUUUUCCUCUUAUCUCAUGGAUCAAGUGUUCCUUCAGGACUCCAUACUUCUGUGGAGACACCGUACCAGCAGUGCACUCAAGGGGGAGUCCACUUCUCAGCCAUCUCAGAAUCGUUAAAAAAGUUAAAGAGAGGACCUCUUAUUCUGAUGCGUAUCUUCAGGGAGAGUCCUGUUGGGUCUGAAGAGAACCAGUUGCUGGGUCGUCACCACCAUUUACACCACGUGCCAGCAGUAGUAUGACCAACCAUGGAGAUGACUGCUACUUCUAUUACUACUCUACCUGCACCAAAGGGGACAGCUGUCCGUUCAGGCACUGUGAGGCAGCCAGGGGCAGCGAGACCGUCUGUAACCUGUGGGAGGAAGGACGCUGCUUCCGUACGGUCUGCAAGUUCCGCCACAUGGAAAUUACGAAGAACCGAAAGGAGAUCCCUUGUUACUGGGAGAGGCAGCCAGCCGGCUGCCAGAAGCCACACUGUGCUUUCUUCCAUGAGAAGCCCCGCUGCAUAGACGGCAUCUUUGUCCCCCGCAAUAAAACAGGUCAGACUGAGGAGCAGCAACAUGAAGAACCAGCUCCUGCACCUGCUGCGACUAUGCCCACCACAGCCAAUCCUCAGCUCAGAGGCAUCAUCAAAACAGAUUCUCAGGAGCCCGUACCAAGCCCCACCCACCCACCCGUUGUCAUUAAUCCAGCAGACGAUGAUGAGGAUGAAGAUGACCAGUUCUCAGAGGAGGGAGAGGAUGGAAAAGGUGGUCCGUCCCCAAGAAAGUUACCCAGAUCAGGUGAUUCACUGAAUUUUGGAGUGAGUACCUUGGAGGAGAUCCGGCUCAGGAAGGCCCUGAAGGCCAGCAUGAAGAGGGCAGGUUACCCCAUCCAGAGCGCCGAAACCCCCACCAGCGGAGAAAAGGAAAACAUCCAGUCAUUUUUCCGCCCUACGUUCUUGGAGUCAGGAGGUCCACCUGUUCCUGAAGAAGCUGGUACACCACGAGUCAGUGUGGUGGAAAGGCUCGGAAGAAAGAUUGCUGACUCUGAGUUGAAGUGUGGGGAAGGUGUCCGUCUGAAGAGGAGUCUGGCUCAACGUCUGGGCAGAGUCGUGGAUGAAGAACAACCAUCAGCACCCCCUCAUAAAACACUAAAACCUGUAAAGGAAAGACUUGGAUUGCUCUCUGCUCCUGUUGGACCCACUUCUCCUGCUGAGAACAACGGCGUGUCUGUGCAAGCGCCUGAGCAGAUACGCAUCAAAACUUUAGAGGAGAUCAGACAAGAGAAGGCGGCAAAGUCUCAGAGCCAGAAAGAUGCUCCUUUUGAAGUUAGUCCAGAAGUCACUAAAACCAACACAACUAAAGCUCCCAAAGGGGUCAAACGAGCCGUCACUGUGAAACACGCCUCCAUCAGCCACGUCAAAACCUCAGAAAUCCUUCAAGCUAAGAAGAAGAGGGAAGAGGAAGAGCGGGAGCAGAAACACAGCCCAAAGAGGACAAAACUCACGGUGGAGAAAACCUCAAGCAAAAGUCAAGGGGAGCUGGACAUGGCCCGGUCCAGUCCUGAGGAUACAGAUAAAGGGAAAGUUAGAGUAAAGACCCUGGAAGAGAUUCGCAGGGAGAAGGCAGCAAGGGUAGAAGCUCAGCAGCCCAUGGAUGCUGAGAGCAAGAAGAGCUCUGACUCAGAUGAGAACGGGGCCAAGAAACCUCGGCUGCUGCGCCUCAAGAAGCCACCGGCCCAAACAGGCAGCGCCGCAGCAGAGCAGACUGAUGAGGUUAAAGAAAAGCUCCUGAAAACUCCUACUACUGCACCUGAGAUCAGUAACAACGUCAAGGUCAAGACCUUUGAGGAGAUCAUGCAGGAGAAACGCCUUCGAAAACAGGAAAUGGAGGAGCAGGCUAAGAGCUCAGCUGAGGCAGAAACCUCUGAGAAGCAGACCUCCCACCUGAAGAGGAAGCUUCCUCCUAAAAUCAGACUUGCACCAAUAAAUUCUUUUCCUGCAGCAUCUUCCAAAGUCCCGGAUCAUAAACUUGUUGCCUUCACAUCCAAAUCUGCUCCCCUUGCGAAUAAUACUCUGGACACAGCAGCUGUUGCCAUGGCAACAGUGGCCUCAGUCCCAAUGGAGCAGCAGACCGAGGUCGGCUCUAGGGAAGUCCCAGUGAGAAACACAAGAAUCUCUGCUGCACAGUCAUCAGUCAAACCAACCAGACAAGCUCCUGGAUCUCAUGAUGGAGACGAACCGGCUGCUGAGAACAACCAGAUGAAACCUCCAGAACCUGCUGCAGACUCUAAAGUGAGGCCCAAGCUGAAUGUGAGGCCAUCCAUCGUGAAACCUGCGGUGCAGGUGAGGCCGGGUCAGAAGAAGAGGGGAGCAGAGCGAUCUGCUGUGGCUGCUGUUAAACCUCUGAACAGCGCCUCCACAGUUCAGGAGGAGUCACUGCAGGAGUCCACACACAAAAACAGACAGGUUGUCUCAUCCUUGAAUGCAGAGGCUCAGCUGACCUCUGCUGUGCCUCGUAGUCCCUCCACCCUGCUGGACUCUGGCUCAAGCUCAAGCCCACCAAGAGAGGAGCUUCAGACUGUCCCAGUCUUCAAGCAGAGUCCAGGCCAAGAAGCCAAACCAGCCGUCAGCAUUGCUUCUGUCAGAGAGGCCUGUGCAGUCCCACAAAGCCCCGUCCUGAAAAGUUCUACUCAGUCCAGAUCACGGAGACUGAGCACGGCAGCGUCCCGGUCCUCAGCCGCCUCCAGCACCGAAGCUGCUGCCUCCACCUCCGCCGUGGACGACUUUGAGGAACUCAUCAACCAGUUCACAGAUGAUCACUUGGAGGAAGAUGUGGAUCCAGGCAUCGGAGAGGACGACCUGCUGCAGGAACUGUCAGAAAUGAUUGACAGCUGAGGGCUCCAAUCAGAAGCUUGGUCCUGUGUCUGAUAACUUUGUAUUUCCUCCCAGCAGCAACUACACAGAUCUGUUGUUCUGAAACUUUGAACUCAUUUUAAACAUUAAGUUAUGUUUUAUUAUGUCUUAGAGCUCUUCUCGUGUAAUCUUCUUUCACUUCCUGUUGCCUAGGAAGAUUUUUUUUUAGAUCUUUUUAUUCCUUUUUUUUUUUUCUUUUAGAUAGUUGUCCAAUUUAUCAGGUCCUGAAAAGUUGAGCUAAAUAAAAAGUGUGUUUUCAGAUGACAGAUGAAGCUGGUGGAUGUAGUAUCUGUAUACUGUGUAUGCAAAGGGACAAGUGUAAAAAUAAUGAAUUCUGCUGCACUUCCAGUAAACCUGCCCUUAACUUUUUCCCUGUAUGAGUGGAUGUCCCUCCUCCGCUGCUUCCCCGUCAUGUUAAUCUGAUCCCAACCUAAAGGUUCCCCUGAACACGGCAGAAAACUCGGCACCUGAGGAGACACCUGCUCGACUCUGUACGGCAGAUAUUUAUAAAGUUUGGUUUAAAUGUGCUGUUCUUGCCGUGUCUUGAUUUGAACAAACCAGCUAAUCUGGCUGAGUGUGUCGACGCUGCAAACCUUACUGAACUCCUCAGGGACUGUUUCUGAUGUUGCUUUGUUUUCCUCAGACUGAAACAUCUCACAGAUGCUGUCUGCACUGGAUCUUUUCUCUUUGUGUUUAUCAGUGUGUUCUGGUAAAAAAAAAAAAUGACUUCUUCGCUGGUCUCAGUGUGUGUUUGCUCAGUCUAAACUCUUUUUCACAAGAUUUCUGUUCUCUUGUACAAAUUACCAUGUAAAUAAAAUGUUUUUAAUAACCAGUGUGUUCAUGGUGUUUGUCACUGAUAAAACUGAUAAUCAUGUCUAAUGAAAUGAGCGUUCAGUCAUUUGCCAAUGAAUUUGUUAAAUAUGAAAAUAACAGCAGAUAUUAACUGUAGUAUUUUAAUAAAAGUAAAUGAAAUUC